UAUAUAUAUAUAUAUAUAUAUACUAAGCCUCAACAAGUGAAUUUGUAAAAUUAUAGUAUCAUAAAAAAAAAAAAAAGGGAAGGCAAUGACUGUGAUGAAAAUUACAUGGAGAUCCAUCUUCCCCAGCUGUUCCAAGGGCGUAGUGAAACCAGAAACCAAGCCUAAGAAGGAAGUUACAAAACAAAGUUCAUUUAACAGGCUUGCGAUGUUAGAGUUGAGUUAUCCCAGCACAAUGCUUACUGAAGAUCUGUCAACUUCGCUUGCUGGUUCAAAUCUUCAUGUUUUCACGCUUGGGGAGCUAAAGGUGAUAACCCAGAGCUUUUCAUCUUCUAACUUUCUUGGUGAAGGUGGGUUUGGACCUGUUCAUAAGGGUUUCAUUGAUGACAAGCUUAGGCCUGGAUUGAAAGCUCAGCCUGUGGCUGUUAAACUCCUGGAUUUAGAAGGCUUGCAAGGACAUAGGGAAUGGCUGACCGAAGUGAUCUUUCUUGCAGAAUUGAGGCAUCCACAUCUUGUGAAGUUGAUUGGAUAUUGUUGCGAGGAAGAACAUAGGUUACUGGUGUAUGAAUACAUGCCUCGAGGCAGCUUGGAGAAUCAGCUAUUUAGAAGGUAUUCAGUUUCUCUUCCAUGGGCGACAAGGAUGAAAAUUGCUCUUGGAGCUGCCAAGGGUCUCGCAUAUCUUCAUGAAGCAGAAAAGCCAGUCAUAUACCGAGAUUUCAAAGCAUCGAAUAUAUUGUUAGACUCUGAUUACAAUGGCAAACUUUCUGAUUUUGGUCUUGCAAAAGAUGGUCCAGAAGGGGAUGAUACUCAUGUUUCCACCAGGGUUAUGGGGACUCAAGGCUAUGCUGCCCCUGAAUACAUCAUGACAGGUCAUUUGACGGCAAUGAGUGAUGUAUACAGCUUUGGAGUGGUACUAUUGGAGCUUUUAACAGGGAGAAGAUCCGUAGACAAGAACCGAUGUCCUAGAGAACAAAACUUAGUGGAAUGGGCAAGGCCCAUGUUGAACGAUGCCAGGAAACUCGGCCGAAUAAUGGAUCCUAGACUCGAAGGCCAAUACUCGGAAACGGCUGCAAGAAAGGCAGCUGCGUUGGCUUACCAAUGCCUUAGCCAUCGCCCAAAGCAAAGACCCAAAAUGAGUGAUGUAGUGAAGACAUUAGAGCCUCUCCAGGACGACGAAGACGUCCUUGUGGGUCCGUUCGUUUAUACGGUUCCAACCCAAAGCGACAAGCCAAAGCAAGACAAGGACACCGUCACUAAAGAAUGUGAAUCGAAGCAAGAGAAAUUUCAUCAUCACGAAAACCACAAACACCAUCACCGCCAGCACAGACACCAAACUAGAUCACCGAGGAUGUCUGCAAUUCACUCGGAAAGAGACUCCCUGAAGCGAAAUCAUAGAAAUGGGUUGAAUUCACCUUUGCACUAUAAAGUCAGGGAAGCAGCAUAAGAGUAGAGAUUAGAUUACUACGAACUGUAAAAAGAAAAUCACAGAGUAACUAGGCAGUAAUUAGAGAUUGCUCAACGUGGCAAAUUUUAGAAGUGUUAAAAGUUUUUCUUUUAGACCAAAGAGUUGCUUACUCAGGUCGUUCUUUCAAAUAUAAAGUUCGGGGGGCGGGGGGCUUGGUUUAAUUUUUUUUUUUUUGGUAUAGUUCAUUUAUUGAGGUCAUUAUUUUAAAUAUAAAGUCUUAGAUAUUUAGAGUUUCACAUCUCUAUGGACAAAAUAAACUUUUGGGUUUAAUUGUUGAUUAAGCAAAUGAACAGUUCAAAAAUGGCUGUUCACCAGCCAAUGUGUAUCAGAAGGCCAGGUCUUUAAAGAAAACGACGAAAUCUUAUACAGAAUAA